AUGCCGCCCAAGAAAGUCAAGGAUCUAGCGAAUGCUCCUGUGCUCAAGAUGGCACACGAGGAGCAGGUGCAGCUCCUGUCUGAUGCGCUACUUCGGGAGUACAUGCACCGUCGCGGCUUCCUUGCGACCUUGAAGGCGUUUGAUGAGGAGCAUCCGCGCGACGCAAACACGAUCUCCUCGCGAGCGCUCAUGUCCGACCUCAUGGCGCUCGACCCUGCCGAUCAGCAGCGCAUGAAAGGCGAGGGCAUUGAAACAAUCAUGGAGAUGCUGUGCAACUUGCGCGUUGAGCGCCGACUAGAAACGGAGAGGCUGAUAGCUGAGGCGCACAUGCCGCUGCCACAGGUGCCCGCCAACUACGAGGCACUCAAGAAUAAGCAAGCUGUGCGAGAGGCUCGAAUGGCGGAGAGACAGUCGCGCAAAGUGUCCUCCAAGAAGAAGCCCAAGGCGUCCACUUCCGCAACGAGAGAUCAUGAGUCCGAAGGGGCCGGCGACGCACUCCAACGGAACAACAGGCACGGCAAGCACCACCAGCACCGCUCGGUCGCCUCGCUAAGCGGCACGUCCCGCGGGAAAGAGUUCGCUGGCAUCACGAUGGACGACUUGCUUGGCAGCUCGCAUGGUAGCAGCGACAAUGUCAACGAACACGGCAGCCCAGACGAAGAGGAGGAGGGCUGCAGUAGCUUCGACUGCCACAAAGCAGAGCGGGCCGGCGCGAGAUCAGCUGCCAAGUCGACCGCGUCGCAUGCAGGUCUGUCCUCGUCGAGGACUGCGAGCACACCAGCCGCCCAACCUGCUUGGAUGGAGGUUGCCGCGAAGCAGAAGUCAUCGUCGAUGAAAGGGAAUGGUGGCGGCGGUGGAGCACAACCGAGGCCCUCUGACGACGAGGGUGACAAUGAUGCCGGUGCAGUCGACAGCGAGGCGGACGAAGACAGCGCCGACGGUGUCGAAGACUGUGGAGGAGCUGCGAUGACGGCAGAGCAGCGAGAGCAGCUCUGUGCUGCUUUCCAGCUUCUCUGCGGCUUUGACGGCAGCUUGCACAAGUCCUUUCUGGAGCAGGGCUUUACUUUCGACGACUGCGCCGACUGCGCCCUCAUCCAGUGGCAGCGAGGCGGCUGCGACGGGGUUAUUGCACCCAUUCAAGCCUUUGUGGCCGCCUACUACUAUGAGCGCGAAGUGUAUGUGGGCAAGGAGAAGCGCCAGCGCGAAUGCCUUGCCAAGGCGCUGUGCACUUCCCUGGAGCAGGCGCAGCCGAACGUUGCCAAGAUUGUGCUGCUCGACAGCGUGUGGAAGACCGAGCGUGACAGCUCUCGCUACACACGCAGCCACGUUCUGCGGCAGGCGGCGAAGCCUCGCACGCGCUGCUGGGCGAAGAUGACGAGCAUACAGGAGGUCACUGAGGUGCUGCGCGACACACUACUCACCGAGGAGCGCUGGAUGAAGCCACGCGGCGGGGGCGUUGUGAGCUUCUUGUUCUCACUGCUCGUCUCACGCGGGGUGGAUGUGGUGCAGCAGGAGCUCACAAAGGCGAGCACCGCCGAUAGCGGGCGUCCGUCGCUGCUUCUUCCCAUGUCUGGCCGCGCGACGCUGGGUCUCAUCAAUCUUGUCUUGACGGGUCGCGCCAUUUUCUUUCGUCACAACGGGGUGCGGAACGGAAAUGAAGUGGGGUACUCUUCCAGACUCCGCUGCGGGCUUCUCUGCGGCGAUUCUGCCGCCGAUUUGGAUGACCACGACCGAGCCACUGCCGUCAGUGCGGCGCCGUCGUCUCCGCUUUCCUACACGAAUGCAACGGAGCCGCAAUUUCCCAGCUGGGUGGUGUGGCACCGGGAGAGCUUCUCGAAUCUGUACAUGCCCAAGGAUACGCGGCAGUUGUUUCAACAAAAGCUGAACUUGGGCGGGAACGCAUCUGUCGAUCUGGUCUACUGGGACGCCGCAACGGAGGACGAGGAAUUCCCUCUGACGGCGACGGUGCGCAGCAUCGUCUUCGGUGCCGGCAGCGGCAGUGGUGGUGGUGCGCGUAAUGCCAAGUCGUUUGUUAACACCGCCAUCACAUCGGUUCCAGCGUGGUCUUCGGCGGUGAUUGACUGGAAUGGGAAGGCGCCUCUGCGUGAUUGA